GCACUUGUGGCGAACGGAGAGAUAUGGGGCCACUUUGUCAGAGUUGUUCCACACUUAGCCAAGGUGACUGCGCGGAGGAGAGGCACAAUGGGGCUGCUCGGUUACCGAGCUUGUAACAUCCCUCUCCACAGCAUGGCACCGUGUAACUUGACUCCACCUGUGAGCUCAUUGGAGACAGCCCUGGCGAAUCCCCCAAGCAUGCAGGAGGGCCCGGAGAGUGGGCUGCAAGAGUUGAGUUACAUUCGUGGGUUAGUGAGAUCAGCAAGUGGGCGUUUUCCCGUUUCAGACUGAGCGAGUGCGAGGGUGCUUCAACUUCAUUCCGUUCCCAAGAACUCAACAGGUUUCCCCUGUUGUCGGACGGGUAAAGAGCUGCAGUUCUCAGGAAUCCGUGUCACCGUUAACGAAGAGAACCCACCGGCAGAGGCGACACUUGAGGGGCUCUGGGUGCUUUUUCAGGCAGCGGAGAAGGAAAGAGCCAGAGCAUGGUCACACUGCUGAAGCAAAACCCGCCGCCGCUGGACUGAGCAGAGAACGCCGUUUCAGUGAUGACAGAAACCGAGAGCAGGACAAGUCAGCCCCCAGCAACUACUGGGACUGCUCUCCCCAGAUUGUCCGUCAAACCAGGGAAAUCGUGAAGGAGAGAGAAAAGCAGAGGAUGAGCGAGUCGCCGAAUCGGACAGCAACGUAAAGGAUUCUAGAUGUACAAGGCAAGCUGAGAUGACACCCUUUUCUGACUUGGAGCAGCAGUGUGUGAUGAAGAGACUCCAGAUUUAAUAAACCCACCGAAAGCUGCUGGGCUCUGUCUUUGCAUUUAUAUGUGCGCUUUCAAAUUGCCAAUCUCCAGUGAAAGCAGAAUGUGAUGUGCUUUAGUUCUCACCACCAAGUGUCCUGGUUUAGAUGGAAGAAUUUGCAGGUCUCGGCUGUAGUUUACAAAUUGCUGCUUCCACUAUUAAGUCAUAAAACAAAAACGCACACAAGGAUUAUUCUCACCAAGCACAUGUACUGUUUCUGCUCCCAAGUGUUUGGAUGAAGCAAAUACUGGCUUUACAUUCACAGGAGCUGCCUCUGGCAUUGUGGAUUUUUUAACCGCCUGCUGUUUUACAAUUAGAAUUCCUUAAUUGUUAAGAGUGAUGGGAAUGUCACAGACCAGAGUCUGUUUCGUGGACUGGAUUACUUUAUUGCAGUUAUGGAUUAUAUUUCUUUUGGGACUGUGCACACAAAUAACUGAGGCGGAUUUUUGUCCUUUGGAGUGUCGUUGCGAUAAGAAAUUUGUUUACUGUAAUGACCGUGGCUUGACAUCAGUGCCUGCUGGGAUACCAGAGGGUGCCGCUAUUCUCUACCUCCAAAACAACGUCAUCAACAAUGCUGGAUUUCCUCUUGACUUGCGAAACGUGCAGUCUGUUCAAACGGUAUACUUGUACGGCAAUGAGCUGGAUGAGUUCCCUGUAAACCUACCAAAAAACAUGAAGGAGCUCCACUUGCAGGAGAAUAAUAUCCAGACUGUCUCCAGGGAAGCUAUUGGCCAGUUGCAGAAACUCGAAAAGCUACAUCUGGAUGACAACUCCAUCUCAACAGUUGGCAUUGAGGAUGGCGCUUUUCGAGAAGCCACCAACCUCAAGUUGCUGUUCUUGUCCAGGAACCACCUGAGCAGUGUGCCAAUUGGGCUCCCCUUAGGAUUGGAAGAGCUCCGGCUGGACGAGAACCGGAUCUCCAUGGUGCCGGAGCUGGCCUUUCAGAAUCUGACCCAUCUUCAGCGCCUAGUCUUAGACGGGAACCUCCUGACUGACGGUGGGAUUGCUGAGGGAGCCCUGGAGCAGCUGGUCAAGUUAACUGAACUCUCACUGGUGAGGAAUUCUCUCACUGUGCCCCCACCAAACCUUCCGGGUGGUCACUUGGUGAAACUGAAUUUGCAGGAGAACCAAAUCAAUCAAAUUCCGGUCACUGCCUUCCCACAACUGAAACGGCUUGAGAAACUGGAUCUCUCCAACAACCAGCUGCGAAUGCUGGUGAGAGGAGUUUUUGAUGGCAUGACCAGUUUGAAACAGAUUCUUUUGAGGAAUAAUCCCUGGUAUUGCGACUGCAACAUAAAAUGGGUGACCAAAUGGCUGCAGUCACUUUCGUUUUCUAUAAAUGUGCGUGGGCUAAUGUGUCAGGGUCCAGAAAAGGUCAGAGGAAUGGCUAUAAGAGAUCUGAAUAUCAACCUGGUAUCCUGCCCGACUAUCACACCCGCUCCCCACGCCACACCCAUCCCUCCUGCCCCCUUGCCAUCUGCUGUGGUGACUGUCAUUCCCAUGACCUACACUGAUGCCAACAUUUCCAUUCUUCCCUUUUCACCGGGGUCAACCGCUCUCGUGCCUCCCGGAGACAAAGAAUUCACAGACCCUUUGCCUGUUGGACAAUUGCAACUAACUGUCCAGUUCGUGAAUGACACAUGCAUUCAAAUCAGUUGGCUGGCCAUCUUCACAGUGACCAAAUACAGAAUCACCUGGGUGAAACUGGGCCACAGUUUAGUCGGUGGCAUUGUGCACGAAAGGAUAGUCAGUGGAAAUACGGAGCAACUAAGCUUGCUAAAUCUGGAGCCGAAAUCGACCUACAGGAUUUGCAUGGUCCUGCUGGACGCCUCAAAUAAUUUGCAACCGGAGGAUGACACGGUUUGUUUGGAAGCCACCACAAAGUCGUCAUCUUUUAACACGAACAUGGCCUCCAGUCCUGAGCAGGCGGCCCAGCAGGACCUGAGCUCCCCUUUACUGUUGGCAGGCCUCAUUGGGGGAGCUGUGAUCAUCGUGCUGGUAGCCCUGCUCAGUGUCUUCUGCUGGCACAUGCACAAAAAGGGCAAAUACGAUUCGCACUCAUGGAAGUACAAUAGAGGGAGGAGGAAAGAUGACUACUGUGAGGCUGGCACAAAAAAGGACAACACAAUCCUUGAAAUGACUGAGACCAGUUUUCACAUAGUCUCAUUAAACAAUGAACAAAUGCUCAAAGAGGAUUUUAGACUGCAGUCAAUAUACCCUCCAAAUGGAGCAAUUAACUUUACAGACUGCCACACCAGAAGCAACAGCAGAUACUGUACUGGUGGUGCACCAGAUUUGGAGCAAUGUCAUACAUGACCGUGCAUAAUAAAGACCCUGCAGUUAUAGGACUUUCUAGAAUAUAUUUGUGAAAUAUUGUCCAGACGGAUUGUGUCUGCCUACUGUGUAAUUUAUACAGUGUAAAAAAAUUGCUAUCUUUUUUAUUAUAAAAAAAAUAAGUAGCAACAAUUUUGUAAUGCAGUCAAGUGAUUUAAAAAAAGAGAUUAAGUAAGCUGUAUAGUUGUUGCUGUACAAUCAAGGCCUAUGUUCAUAAAUGAUUUUUAAAAAAAAUAUGGCGGCAUUUAAUGAUGUAGUUUCACAGUUGGGGUUUAAAACAUCUUCUGAACAGUUACACUGGCACCUAAUUUAAAAACUAACACAUUCUGACAGUCGGUCUGAUCUGCCCAGGCCAUCCCUCCACCAUGUUUCUCACUUUUCUGUCUUAAUACUAUUUGUCCCUCAUUGUAGCAUUGACUCCCCUUUCAUCGGUACUUUGUCCCUCAGUAUGGCCAGAUUGAUUUGUGAGCCUAAACUUGACUGCAAGCUAGCAGUUUCGGAGGAUAAUCCACUCAAACCCAAAAUCCAUCUACCUUCCAGCCAGGAGAGCAUUGCAUUGCAGUCAGGAGUGGAAUCUAUCGAUGAUUUUCUGUUCUCUUAUCCCCAUCACCCAACCCAAUCAGUAGCCAUUUGUGACCAGUUUUAGCACCUUAUUAAUUAGCCGUGACCAACUAACUCAGCUCAGAUAGAAGUUGGUCUUCAGGACUGAAAACCACACCACACAUCUAAUGACCUAUUUCAGAAGAUAAGCCUGAUACUUCAAUUGGGUGUUCGCUAUUUUCAGUAUAACAGAUGAACAGUCUAAUUUGAUUGGUUUUUCAUAGAGUCUUCUCAACACUCCAGUUAAGCUCUGAUCUUUCUUUUUAUUCAGUGCCGUGAUUAGGAUUCCUCCAACAAUUAGGUCAAUUAAAUUUAUUCAAUUCAAAAUCUAUGAUAGUCAAUAUUUAAUACAUUUGAAAAGUAUGAUAGUUUCAUAAUAAUGAGGUCAGAAUAGAUGUAGAAUUUGUUGCAGUGUCAUCUUAUAGUUAUAGCACAUUUGUUGAAGGAUAUUCUCAAACAACAAAAAACUAAGUAAUUCAAAAGAUGCAUAUUUAUUAUUGUUGACUUGUCAAAAUUUAUUUGCUUUUGAGACAAAAAGUUUUCAGAGACAUUUUAGUUAAUAGGAUUAUGGCCCAGCGCUACCAAGUCAUGGUAACUGAAGCAUUAGGAGGGCAACUCACUCACCAAUUCAGUACAUAUGAAGCUAAUCAUCCAGGAAGAAUAAGUGUGUCAUAACAUCUCAUGAAUUGAUCAGCAUUACAUUAGAGUUCUCACAGGUAAUAUGAAGCAUCUACAUCUCCAUUCAAAAAUGAGGUGUCAUAGAUUCAAGCUCAGUGGCAGAAGGAUUAGAGUGGAUGUGAGGAAAAGAUUUUAUACAGAUGGUGGGAAAUAUUUGCUGCCCGAGUUGGUGGUGGAGGCAGAGAUCCUAAACUCUUUUGAAAAGUAACUGCAUCUGUACAUUAAAUGCUGUAAGUUGCAAGGCUACGAGCUGUAUGCAGGAAGAUGGGACUGAAAAAAGGCAGCAGGGUUUCCUUGGGUCGACAGAGGCAAGGUGGGCCACAUGGACCCCGUCUGUGCUGUAUCAUUUCAAUGGUUCUGAAUGAAAGCCAUUUGUUACAUUUUGUACUCAUUGUACAGAUGAAUGGGCUACAACUGGGGCAUCCAAUUAUUUUUUAGUAAUCAGGUGUCCAAUUAAUUGUUGGAACAGUUGUUUAACUCUUUAUUUAUAUUAUGGUUUAAAAAACAUGGUGUCAUUUCUUAGUUUAGUGUGCAGAUGCCAUCUUUAACAGAAGUGCAUUGCUGUCGUACCAAACAAAUUUUACCCAUUCAGAUUGGCCACUUUGCAACUAAAAACUUUCCUAUUCAAUACUCGGGGUGUUUAUUUCUUCCUUCCAUCUCUGUCUGUCUCCCUGUGCCUUCCAUGCCCCAAGAAAUAUGACUUAUUUCCUAAGUCCCCUGUCUCCUGCCAGCUCGGCUGAGUUGGCAGCCUGAAGAGAGGGUAUAAACUCCACCAUCAGGAGUGGAGGUCAGGAACUCGCCAUGCAUAAGCACAAACUCAAUCAUGUACCAUUCCGUGGUGUCACGACCAGACCUCCAACACUUGGGGCUCUGUGCCACAAUAUCUUGUUUAGUUGACGAAAAGGACAGCUUGUUAGCUGAAGAACUGUGACUUCAUUUUAAUAUUAAGAGCACUGCAUCAACAGUAUUCUAUACAAUGUCUGAAUGAUAACAGUAUUUUGCCCAAUUUCUGUCAGUGUUGGUAGGUAAAUUAUCUUGGGUAUAUUGAUAAUGAAAGCUUAGGAGUUAGAAAUUCACUUAAAUUUCUGAUGAUUAUACAUUUAAUUAAUUUAAUUUGAUUAAUUCACAUAACGCUGACCCCACUACGAUGUUCAUUCUUUGCAUCUUCCACUUAGAAACAGACAGUUCUGAAACUGAGCCAGUUUUGAGAAUAAGCAAUACUGGUAAACAGACAUCACACCAUGGUGAACGGAAUAGUAACAGAAAUCCAGAAUCCUUUUUUAUUAAGAAAAUGCCGAGAGGAAGAAUGCUUAAAAAUGUAUUAAAAUCAAUUACUACUUUUGUAAUACAGAUGUCAGAACAUGUUUGUGCAAAUUACUGUGUCAAAAUAUUUUGGUUUAACCUUUUUUAUGUUCCAAAUUUUCCAUAGUGCAAGGAACCAAAGUUCAUUAGCUUGCACCCUUUUGGUGUAUCAUGUAUGUGCCUUGAAUUUAAAUCAUAAUGUUCAGUCCUUGAAAUCUCCUCAUUCCUCCACCCUAUUAUUUUGCAGAGAAUGUAUGAGUACAUGAAAGAAACAAAGCUUUUGUGAAAAAAAUAAACAGCUAUAAAAGUUGAAUAUUCAAAAAUAAAGUCAUGUGAAUCAUCUUAAUUUCAGGUAAAGAUAACUCUGUGACUUUUAUGUUUGUGCAGUCUUGGAAAUCUUCUCUUUGGUUCUGAGUUGUUACAGAAGCAACAAGUAUCCCUUUUGUGACAUAAUGACCACUUUUUACCAUUUUAAAGUCUUCUAGAAAAUAGACUAAAAUGAUUGAUUUUUUUUUUAAAUGAGAACAAAUAGAUUUUGUAGUAAUUUGAAGAAAAAUAGUGACCAAGCAAUUUGUGGAACAGCAUAUGAUGACCCAUGAUGUGAUUACAAAUUCCCCUUUUAAAAUACAAAAUAAUGUGAUCAUUUAUUAAAUUGGUUAGUGAUACCUUAUACAGUGCAACACAUUCCUUUAGAUCCAACAUGCCAAGGAUCUGUUGCCACUAUUGACAGUUGGUUAACCCUUAUUUUUUAAUGGAUCAUUGCACUGCAAGCUUUUUUUAAACAGCUGCUUCAGAGCCAAUGUUGUAAUAAAAAAAUCCUUUGAAAAUAUUUUUUCUACUGCAAAAUAGAUUAAAAGGACACUUUUUUAGCUGGGUGGAAAAGACCCAUUUCUGAACCUUAUGGAGUUGAAGGGAUCAAGGUCACUUAUGCUCAGCUUUACUGUUUAGCCUUAUCUAGAGCAGAAAAUCUCAUGUUGAGAAUUCGACAGUACAUUUUAUGUUUUGUGUAUAUUUUUGUCUUGUCAAGGUGGGAGAAAGAAAUCUUACGCUUUAUAUAUAAAAUGGCUACUUGAUGUAACUUAUAAUAAUGCACAAAUAUACUUGUUAUACUGACAGGUUGCAGAAUCCAGAGAUACUCUGUACCUCACUUGCAUAUUCCUUACUUUCGACAAAUUCUCUGUAUUUCUAAAAGAUUGUUUGAAGGAUGUCCAUAACCAAAAUACAAAAUAAAGUAUGGUCACAACAUAUGCAGUGCUGGCAUUAGAACAGCUUUAUGUUAUUUGGAAUAAAUAAAAGACACAG